GAAAUUGCCUUGGACAUUAAUGAAAAAUCUAAAAUUACCUAAACGGAAUUUUGCACAGAAUAGAGAGCAUAAAGAGAACUGGAGAUUCACCUUAGCAAAAUCAUUAUUCAAUUCGAUGGCUGGAUAUAACAGAUAUGGGCUUUAUACACACGAUACAAUAAAUUACAAGCAUCCUAUAGUAUGCGAAGCAGUGCGUCGAUUGCCAGAGGAAGUGCUGGAUGCCAGGAAUUUCAGGAUCAUACGCGCUCUACAGCUGAAUUUCCUGAAGAUAUAUCUACCCAGCGAGAAAUGGAUCACAUUCGAGCAGGAUUUGGAGUAUCGAUAUCUCACACCGUAUAUAGAAGAGAUCAAAUUUGAGCAAGCUGAGAUGAAUGAAUUCGAUUACUUAAAAGACUAGGGAUUGGCCGACUGUUAACGUAAAUGAAAAAAAAAAGAUUUCUCUGUAAUUGACAUGCGCAUUCACGUGCAUACGUCGCGAAAU